AUGUUCUUCACGGGCGUUAUGACAACUAUCAACAAACUUAUCCCAUCAAGCACAGAUAUUGCAUCUGCGUACGCAAACGCGUCGGAUGUGGGGCAGGAAAUGGGGGUCGCUCUGGCAUUAUUCUUGGCGGAUUUCUUUUCGAGGCACCUGCUGAUAAUGGAGCGAGAUACAGAUCGUGAAGCGCUCAUCAAUGCCCACUUUUACCUCAUCAAGAUAUUUCAAGUGGACGAGCGAGAAGUAUUCAAGAUCUGUCUUGAAUACUGGUUAAUACUCCUUGUAAGGUCGUACGACGAAGAAGUCUUGUUAAAUUUAAGGCUCGUUGCUGUGGGGAAGAUGGUUAAACCUGAAGAGGUCUUAGUCGUCGAGAAUGAGGAAGGCGAAGUCGUCCGCGAAUACCUCCAAGAAACCGACACCAUUGUCCUGUACAAAUCAAUGCGCGAGCUCAUGGUUUGCCUUAAUCACUUUGGCAUCGUUGAUGUUGAGAUAAUCCUAACGCAGAAGAUGGCAGCACAUAUUGACGGCAGUGAAUGGAGUUGGGGAAACUCAAACACGAUAUGUUGGGCUGUUGGGAACGAAGACACCAAAAAACGGGUCCUGGUCCUUGUCAUUCGCGAACUCCUGGGACUCAUCGAGAAAAAGUGCAGUAAAGAUAACAAGGCCAUGAUUGCUGCAAACAUAAUGUACAUUGUCGGCCAAUACCCUCGUUUCCUUAAAGCUCAUUGGAGAUUCUUGAAGACGGUAGUGAAUAAGUUGUUUGAGUUCAUCCAUGAGACGCAUGAAGGUGUUCAAGACAUGACCUGUGACACGUACAUGAAAAUCACUACAACUUGCGGGAGACAAGUUUGUCGUUCGACAGCCUAUCAUUAUCUCUUCUGGAUGUUGGUUUUCACUUCUCUCGUUUCCGAAAAUCAACCCGACACCGAACCUUUGACGGUCUAUACAUUUAGUGUCCUUCCGGCGAUCUUUGCUGCCACAACUCAGGAGCUUGGGAUCCCUAACGGCGCCUUGACUUGGCUGGUCCUGCUUCCCCCUUUCUAUACCCGAGAGACCGUUUCCUAUAACGCCGGCCGAUGGAGGACACCUCUCCGCGGUUUCUUCAUUCUCUGCCUCACUGCCCUUGCCAUCUUCGUCUACCACAUCAUCUUCGACAACCAAUUAUACGCAGAUUAUCUGGACUACGCAGCUUCUGCGUCUUAUAUUGAUGAAAUUUUGGAAUACUGUCCGAACCCAACCCCUACCUUUGCCGAAGUUCUCUAUCUCCCAUUCGCCUACAUCUACAUACCCAAGUUCACCUCUGCCCUCGGCGUCCCCAAUUUCAACAUACUUUCAGAAGGAAAGAAGGAAAGAUGA